GAUGAAGAGCAACAAUGGUUUUAAAUCAGAUCUACUAUUUACUGAACAGACACAGAAACAUCGUCCCUGAGGAGGAGGAAGCAUCACAUUAAAUCCACUGAGAACGUCACGUUCUCUCGGUUCUUUAUUCCAUCAGAAAUGUGGAGGUUUGUAGAAAUAAACAGAUAUGAAACCAGAGUCACACUGACACCUGCUGGUCGUCUCCGGUCAAAACAUCCAGACUCACGUCCGGUUCUCUUUCUGUGAAUCUCAGUGAUUUAUGGAUGAAAUGAAAGUAGAAAACCUCUUUAUCAGAUUCUGUUACGAGUUUAUUGUGUUUGCAGCUCAGAUCAGAUCAAUUUGCUGUUCAAUAAAAUAAACUUUACGAGCUCAAUCACCUGCUCAUCCAGAACGUGAUCACAUUAAAUAAUAUUUAAACUUUAUUGAUCCCGGAGGGGAAAUUUACAUGUUACAGUCUCACAAACUGAAGAUAGAAAAAGUUUGUAGAUAUGUUUAAUCUCUUGACAAAAUAUUAGGAACAGUAGUGAAGUCAUUCUGAUCUAAACCUUCCUUCACGACUCGUCUAAUGUUCAGAUGAUGCUGAACAGAAGUGAACGUGUUCAUUUCCAGACUAAAAGCCUCCGGUCUGGUGGUUUUAUUUCAGAGCAUCAAAUGAUCAUUUCAUGUCCCAGAAAAACCCAGAAACCAGAGAAUCGGUUUGUACCUGCCGACAGGUAGCUCCUCCCGAGACCAGCUCCUGACUUUCAUUUUCCAUUCAGUGCUUCCCAGGAGAAGAGGAUGAGUGUAAACACGCCCGUGUGAGUCACCAUCAUCAAGUCGGGGCAAAGUUUACACCCAGCUUCGGUUUAACUUUCGUUUCCGUCUAAGUUUCAAGAUAAAAAACGACGUCCUGCAGUCAGACGAGACCAGACCAGAGAGAAGACCAGAGAGGAGACCUGAAGAGUCACAGCUUCUCAUCCAACCAGACUCAGAGAACUUCAGACCUUCAGCCAGACAUGAGUCCAGCACGAAGAAUCCGACAGAAAUCCAACAUGGAGACGAGACGACGUGAUCCACAUGUCCUCAGUCCCCUGAGACGGGACCAGACCAGACAGAGAGGAGCUGGACCCAGUGGAAUCCUAACGGUGAAAAGACGCCUCCUGAAGAUGAUCGUAUCAAACCUUCAGCCUUUGGAAAUCCCCGAAGAUCCAAACUUUCUUGGUUUUGCCGAAGCUCUAAGUUCCUCUGUGGCAAUUCCUACGGUGCCUGUGAUGCGUUCACUGCUCCCCAAAGUUUAUAAUGAAGAGGAGCAAAAGUUGCGACACAUCUUGGCCUCGGCCGACGACAUAGUCCUGACCUGUGAGCUGUGGUCCUCAAGGCCUGAGGACUCCUUUCUGACGAUCGGCUGCCAUUUUGUUGAUAACUUGGGGAGUCUCAAGUCCUUCAUGCUCAAAACCACCAGCCUGUUUGGAGACGAGUCUGCAGACAACAUCCAGAUCCAGCUGUCGGCCGUCAUGGAGGACUGGGGCGUGACACCAAAGGUCCACGCCGUCAUCAGAGCCGGCAUGCCACAGCUGAAGAAAGUAAAAGCAAGAUGGACGCACAUACCUUGCUUUGCCGACACCUUGAAUGAGGUGUUUAAGGUCCUGAUGAGAGACGACGACCUGUCCAGCGUUCUCAGGAAGUGUCAGAACAUCGUCCGGUUCUUUAAGUACGACUCUGCAGCCGUGACGGAGCUCAGGAAACUGCAAAACAAACUCGGCGUGAAACCAGAGGAGCUGAUCAUGUACUCUGGAGAACGAUGGCUGGCGUGGCUGGACAUGCUGCAGCGGCUCGACCAACAGUACCAGGUCAUGGUGAUGGUGUUCAACAACAGCAAGAAGACGGAACUCAUUCUGAAUGAAACAGAGAAGGAGAACCUCAAGAAGAUCAUAUCUGCCCUGGAGCCUCUGAGAGAAUCCAUCUCCAUGCUGAAAGGCAAAGGCUUCAAGACCAUCUCAGUCAUGUUGCCGGUUCUGAAGACGCUCAUGGAAAAACUGGAGGAAGAGAAAAGGAAAAAGAACAACGUGGCUCAGAAGUUACUGACCAAGUGUAAAGAGGAAUUUGGAGACAUCAACAAUUACAAAAUGGCCACCGCCACCUUCCUGGACCCCCGCUACAAAGACCAGCUGGGAGACAGAAACCGAAAACUGGCCCUGGAUAAAAUCACAAAGGAUCUGAGCAAUGGCAAAGCUCAACAAGCCACCAAGAUCCAGAACCAGCUGUACACGUACAUGGAUUACCCCCCCACCCCCGAGGAGUCCAACCCUCUGUCCUGGUGGAGACACAAAGGGAAGGACAUGUUCGGGGACCUGAGCAAACUCGCCCUGAAACAGCUGGGAGUCGUUUCCACCGCCGUCCCCUUAGAGAGAGCUUUCUCUGCUGCAGGCGAUCACUUCUGCUCCCGCCGCAGCGCCAUCGAGCCGGAGAACCUCAACAUGAUGCUGUUCCUCAACAGCAACUGGUCUGGAGACGCACAGCACUGAAAGGAGCUAGCGCCCCAGCUAACAGUAGCCCUCACUAGCCUCCUAGCGCCCCAGCUAACAGCAGCUCUUCCUCGCCUGGCAGCUAACAGUAGCUC